GCGCAUGCCCAGGAAUCACAUUUUUGUUGUCAGGUGCGCCAAGCAGUUCACGAAAUCAGAGGAAUAAUGGGCAUGUGGAGACUAGCACUGGCCAUCUUCUAAAAAAAUCAACAAUUUCAACAAAAAGCUUGUGAACAACAUGACUGCUGCGGUAGACACUGAUAUUGAUGCAUUCAUCCGUGAACAGAAACUGAAGCUGGCCUCGGAGAGGCAAACUUUGCAUCAAGAAGAUGACAAGCUGAUGGCCAAACCAAUACAUGGACAUUGGGACCUAGAUGGUGGAAAAGAAACCAGAUUUGCCGAACAGAAGGAUUCUCAUGAGACCAGUCACCAUCAGCAACGGGUUCUGACACCAGUGCAAGAUGUAGGACUUCCAGUUGGUCAGUACCAGAAAAAGCGCCUAGCACUGGAUCAGGAACGGCGGAAAGAGUACCAGGAAUACUUACGUCAGAAACAGGUGACUGACAAAGGAGCAGACAACUCUGACAACCAAUCAUCUUUAGACUUGAAAGCUGUGUCUAGUGAGCUCACCCAGAAGAACAACAACAAACAAAUUCAUUCUGGAGGAUACGAAGGGCUGACACUAGGAGGGUAUGAGAAAGUAAAAGCCAGGCUUCGUGAAGAACGUCGUCAAGACUUCUUGAAUAUGCUUGCAAGCAAGCUGGAGAGGCAGUACCAGCGCAAUACAUUGGAGAACCUUAAGAAACAAGAGAGAGAACUGAGAGAAGAGUUGGAUAAAAAUGAGCACUACCCAGGUGUUAAAAGUCGUCCCGACAGCGAUUUGCUGUACAGACAGGAAUGGGCAAAGAAACACACUGAGGCUCAGAGGCCAAAUCACCCUGCUGCUGAUGUGAGCCCACUCAGAUCCAUGGGUAGAUCAGACAGCGAUCAAAGCCGUGAAAAUUACAAACAACAUUGGCAGGAAGUUCAUGGAAACACUCAGAGCAAUGGUUUCAAUCUGUCUGCUGCUGAGGUGACUCCUCGCAAAACCAAGGGUAAACUGGAUGGAGGGAUCAGUAGUCCAGAUUAUAGGCACCGGUGGCAAGAAGUGCAUGGCAACAAACAGUCUUCAGAAAAGCAUACCCGACGCAAGUGGGAUGCACCAGUUGCCCCCUUCAAUGGUUCAGUGCUGUUAAGAGAUGUUGAUGCUGAUCAGCAAAAGUCAAAACAGCCAAGGAGGCCAGUCAACAGCACGUCAGUAGAGUCCCAGCGAGAGGGUACACAUACCCAGCAAGAAGCCAGUAAGGAAAUGUCUGGCUUGCCCCUGGGUGAAUAUGAGGAAAAGAGAAAGACUUAUGAUGCCCAGCGGAGACAAGAGUACAGUGAAAUGAGAGAGGGUCAAGAGAGGCGACAGAGAGAAGAACUUGACAAUACCUUUGGUUUAAUGGGGCUGGGCGUCCACCGGCAACCUCAUCCUUCAAGAAGACAAAAUGAUGUGCAAGGAGCAAGUGACCAGUGGCAGACUUCUGGGACCAGGAAAGGUCGUCCAGACAGCAUCACUGGAAGCAGAGCUCAGAUAGAUUCCAUUGGAGACCUACUGCGCUGGGACUUGGGGCCAGGUAGAGUUGGGCUCACGUCUGCAGAUCUGGUGAAUCAGGCACUACGAGAAGAAAGGAGGCGAGAAUACAGUUUGCAGCUGGAACAAGAGGACCAAAAACGUCGUAAGAAGAUGCAGCAGAGGGAAGCCCAGCACCGGCAAGACACCUCCUUUCAAGAGGGUGACAGGCAGGAGAAAUGGAGUGAAGAGCGAGAGCAAGAGUACAGACGAAUGCUGACAGGAAAGAGCAAACAGGAGAAGCAGCAGGAAGAGGAGGCCGUGCAACAGGCAGGGUCUGUGACACAGAAUCAUGCCAUGGAUGUCUCCAGAAAGCCUUUUCAGGCUGCAGAAGGAAGACAAGAGUUUAGUACUACUCCACAAAGUCAGCAGAAUUGUGGGUUUGCUAAAGAAAGACAUUCUGGCACUCCAUCUAGUGAGGGCAGUUUUCUCAGCCACCUUGGGUCUCGUUAUGAAAAUGAGAGAAGAAGGUUGCGUGAAGAAAGACAAAAUGAAUACAAAGCAAUGUUGCAGGAGAAGGCGGUGCUAAGGAGAGAGCCGGUAGACCAGGGCAUUGUUUCAGAAAAAGUGGGGGGCUCAGCAAUUCGGCCCAACUCCAGCGCUCUGAGAGAGAGACAAAGAGAAGAAAGAAACAGAGAGUACAACACGAUGCUGGAUCAGAAACGGAAACAAAAUGAUGAUCAAAAAUAUGGGAGCAUUUUUAAGGAAAAUUUUGAGGAUAACUUCUUGAGUAGCUUGGGUUCUCGAGAUGUUCACAGAAAGUGAGAGAAUGUAUCUACAUCAUAUGCCUGUUUACUGGGGCACAAGCUUUAGCUUUUGCACAGGAGUGUUGCAUAAGUGACACAUAUUAUAAAGCUGCUGCUAGUUACUGGUUUUCAAUCUUAUUUUCUUUUUUUGUUUUCUUUCAUGUAUGUAGGGUUUUAAAAAAGGGAAAAUCCUGUUCUAGAGCAGUAUUUGCAAGCUGAAAAAAGAAGAAAAUAUAUGCAUCUUUAAACAACCUCACAGUCUACUCCAUUUCUUGUUAACAACUAAAGAGUUAUUCAAAUGCUGCAUAUUGACUGCUAGGGUGAGACAUAAUCAUCCUAUUUAGCCUAUCAGAUAAUUGUGCAUGCUAUCAAGUCAAUGGGAUAUGUAUGCAUCGACACAGACAUUGACAUAAAUUAAUUUACAUUUAUUUGAAACAUCCUAUCUAAAACUUUGACAUUCAAGAAUAUGAAAAAAAUUUCAUUCUGUACAUUGAUGUGUUUCCUGAUGCUGAUUUUCAUGAUGGUGAUAAAAAUAAUUUUGAUGAUGUACGUGGAUUGCUGUGUCUUCUCUUUCUUUGAUAUUGGAGAUUGUGCUGAAUUUUGUGUAUAAAAUCUUGUUUAAGUUAAGAUGCAGCUUUUUAUACCCAAGUUAUCAUGUUUUUGUAUGGCUUUUCAUUUUUUCGGUUUUGUUGUAUUUUGACUAUUCUAAGUACAGAUUUUCUAAAACGUGAUAAGUCCCACCUUAUGAAAGCUUUAUUUCAUAUGCUAAACAUUAACUCUAAACUGCAAGAUUUUUAUGUACACAAAUAGCCACAGCAUAAGGCAUUCACUGUGUAAUAAAUCCCAGGAUUUUUAUGCAUAAUCUGUUCUUGUAUGCUCUUAAUUUCUUUUGUGGUUAAUCAGUUAAUUAGAAUAUGAGAACUUCAGCAGUUAUGAUCUCUGUAUUAUGUGGCAUAAGCUACUACUAAUAAUAAUGAAUUACAAUUCAAUGCUUGUGCUAACUUAAUAGAGUAGGGUCUUUAUCUGUUUUUGACUUGCUUGGUUUGCAGUAAUUGUUGUUUCUUCUUUUGGGUGCAAGGCAGCUUGUAUAUUUAUUGUCCCCAUUUUAUGAAGAAAAGAUAAUAUAUUUUUUCUAUAAAAUCUAAGGUACAAGUGAUGCAUUUUCUUCUUGGUUAAAAAAUAAGAAAGCAUUAACCUAUGUUAUAAUUCAAGAUUUUUAUAUUCAAGAAGUUUAUAUUCGAGGCUUACAAGAUUAAAGUUUGUGAAAUCUAGAAUAAAGAACUGUUUUACAGAUUUUGUUAACUCUAUAAAAUAUUUUAAACAGUUUUGAGUUAUAUUACCAAAAUGUAACAGUAAAUUUUAAACAAUCAAGCACUGUUUGAAGGUGCUUUAAUUUGAAAGCAAUUUUGUUCUGUUCAUUUUGAUAUUAGUAAUUUCCUUAGGAUGUUAUUGUUAUUUGAUUAAUUUAUUAAUCUUAGUACGAGAAAACAUACAAAUACUAUGUGUGUUGAGAAAUCCAUUGUAAAAUUAAAGUUUAAACUCUG